UGUUACACAGCGAACAGCUGUGCUUCAGUGGGUCGUGAGGGGUGUUUUGGUGUUUCUGGUUGGGCAACUUGUAAUCAAAAUUAAAAGAUCUUAGCAAUGACACAGGUGUUUAUCAAUGGCGCAAGAGACGAGCUCAAUGUGCAAGAGCAUGAUAGCUUGGAUCCAUCGGUGCAGGAGCUCAUCCGAGCAGCAGCGGAGGCCAGGAAGCAGGCAUACUGUCCGUACAGCAACUUUGCUGUAGGUGCUGCUCUGCGCACCAGCGACGGCUCCAUAUACACGGGCUGCAACAUAGAAAACGGCGCCUACGCAGCCAGCAUUUGUGCCGAACGCACAGCUGCCGUCAAGGCCAUUAGCGAGGGCAAGCGCGACUUUGUGGCCUGUGCUGUGGUGGCCCAACAGGACAAUGGCUUCACCACACCCUGCGGCGUCUGCCGCCAGUUUCUGUCGGAGUUCGUUAAUGGCAAGGACAUCCCUUUGUAUGCGGCCCAGCCAAGCAAUCUGCCGCUGCGUGUCCUCUGCACCAGUGUGCUCCAACUGCUGCCCAAUGGUUUCCGCUUUCUCAAUGGCAAAUAGGGGACAGGCAACAGGGAUGGGCUGAACAGAUAGACAGAGCCAGAGACAUCGUCGGUUUUUAGUGCAAUAUUUUUAUGUGUAAUUUCCAAAUUGUUAUGUGUGUAAACCCACCCCAACCCUUUUGUUGAUUGAACAUCGCA